AUUUCCCCGCCGAUCUAUCCCCUCAACCCCGCAAACGCCAUGUGGAUAAACACCCAAUUCGGCGUUCGGGGUAGAUCCAGCCGGUCGAAUAUAUAACAUGCCUCAAUAAUGUCCCAAAUCGCCAACCGCAACCAUGCGUCUCUCCAUCCUUCUGUUCGGCCUCGCGCAAGCCAAGUACAUCGUGCCCGGUGGGAGAUGGCACGACACCGACGGCAAUCUGAUAAACGCCCAUGCCGGCGGCGUCACCGUCGACAAAGAGGGCAAGUUUUGGUGGUUUGGUGAAUACAAGCCCCAGAACCAGGUGGAAGGCGGCGGCGUCUCCGUCUACAGCUCUGACGACCUCGCAACAUGGGAGCAUCACGGCCUAGCCCUCCAGCCCAUCCCCGACCACCCAUUCAUCUCCCCGAAAAACAUCAUCCAGCGGCCAAAGGUGAUCUACAGCGAGGAGCUCGACAAAUAUGAGAUGUGGUGGCACGCCGAUAAUUCCUCGUACGGCCUCCUCCUCCAAGGAUUAGCCACCUCCGACACCAUCGGCGGACCAUACACGUUCGUCGAUGCGACUGCUCCCCUCGGAAACUGGUCUCAAGACUUUGGAAUCUUCACUGAUUACAAAGACGGCCGUUCUUACUCCCUCUACUCAAACGGAGACCGUAAGGAAGGGCGGGAUGUUUACAUCACGUCGAUCAACGAGACUGGCACAGGCCUCGACGAGGUGAUUCACCGUUUCGACAAAUUCGAUCUCGAGGCACCCACGAUCAUCCAGACGGACAACAGCUACUAUGCGUUGAUGAGCCACAAGACCGGCUACCGUCCAAACAACGUCGUUGCUUUCCGAGCAGACUCUCUCUCCGGGCCGUGGUCUCAGCCAUUCACCGUCGCCCCCCUAAACACGCGCACGUACAACUCGCAAUCCGGAUUCUCCUUGAAGAUCAAGGGAAAGAAGGCAACUACGUAUCUCUACCUCGGUGAUCAGUGGGACUCCAACUCUCUCUGGGAAAGCCGAUACAUCUGGCUGCCAAUGGACAUCAACGACAAGAAGAAGACGCUCGACGUUGUUUGGCACGACGUCUACGACCUCGACGUCAAAUCCGGAGAAUACAAGGCCAUCAAAGGAAAAGAAUAUCGCGGAAUCAACGCAAAGACAACCGGCAACGCCUUCAAGCAGGAAGCAAACUUUGCAAGCGACAAUGUCAUCCUUGCGGGCAUCUCCGGAAACGACAGCACCGUGACAUUCGAAGGGAUUGAAGGGUCAGGAAAGCCACAAUGGGUUUCCUUCUACUAUCAAAACACCGACGAUAUGGGAUUCGGCGAUCAACCCGGUGGAAGCCCCGACCGUAUUGGAGGUGCUUGGCAGCUUCGUCGCAUCAGCAGUGUCGUCGUAAAUGGCGACACCAAGAACGUGCAGACUCUGUACCAGAGAGAUACGCACAAGGGCAUCAUUCUGUCCACUCCCCUCCAGCUGACCCUUCCAAAGGGGAAGAACAACAAGAUCACGGUCGGCGGGCUAUGGAAUGGCUUCGACAUCAAGGGCGCAGAUUUAGAUCGGAUAGUUGUGUAUCCAGCUGAGAAAUAGAUGACCACCAAUGCAAGCUGCAGAAUAUGCAAAGUUCUCUUCGUAGGAUAGAUAAUUACAAC